AUGCAAGAAUGGAUCAACGCCUUCCCGCGUCCGCGACACACUCGAGUCAUGAAGCCCCGUAGUGCGGGGAACAGUCCCUCCUCUGUCGGUCGACGACGCACGACGGUCGCCCAGAGUGCCAUGCACGGAAUGCCCAACCAGUAUCAAUCGUCUCUGGAGGCCGUCCUUCUCGCCUCCGCGACCCCGAACUCACGUCCGAUCAGUUGGCAUCCAUCCUCUGGCCGGGCCCGUGGACUUUCCAACCCGUCCUACACCCCCGACCUCGCUUCGGAAAUGUACCCCAGCAUGGCCGGCGUCCCGGAGCAAAUGAAUGCCCUCUCGGUCUACGGCACCGACAGCAUGGUGUCGUUUCCCAUGUCGGCGGGCCCUGCCUAUUCCCCGGGCUACCUGCCGGUGUAUUCGGAUCCCAUUCACGAGGCCAUGCCCAUGUCGCAACCGACGCCCGCUCUUUCGAUGCCCGGCUCGCAGGUCGACCCGAUGACGUGGGACGUGGCCGCAAGCAACGGUGAUUAUACGAACAUCACGCAGACCACCUCCGAUGGCUGGUCGUUGGAUAUGCUGUCCAUGGCCAACAUUCCGCCUGCGGAGACGACGUGCCCCAGCUACGCCAGUGUCCCUUCACCCGGCGAAUUGAGCGGACCUUCAACCCCGGAUUUCUUGCCAAUUCAACAGUUCGACGAUGUGUCGGCCACGACGCAACCGAAGAAAGACGGAAAAGUCGAGGAGGAACUGGUCGGCAUGGGCCUGUACAAUCAACCCGACGGAUCUCUCGCUCAAAUACAGCAAGGAACCCUCGGCAAGGGCCUGAAGCUGGAGGAAACCUUUUCACCCUCAGACGACGAGAAGGACGAGAGUGUUCAGGAUGCGGAAGAGGAGAACGACCUGCAAUCGGUCCCCCAGCAAACCGCGCCCGAGCAGCUUGCGACCAUGACCCAACCACAUGCGCAACCGCAGAUGACGAUCCCGAAGCAACCGUCCAAAUCGGGCCUGAACCUGCUCCACAAAUCCUUCUUCCUCGACCACGAUGAUCUCGAUCAGCAGUCGAUGAUGAUGAAUGCGGCGCAGCCUUUCGCCAAUUUGAACCAGUCGUGCAUGAGCUACGGGUACGGCUGGAUCUGA